AUGGCACCAAAAGUUCUCUUCGUUCUCACCUCCCACGACAAGAUGGGAGACACUGGGAAGCCCACUGGAUGGUAUCUUCCCGAAUUCGCUCACCCAUAUGAAGUCCUCGCAGACCACGUCCAAGUCGUGGUGGCAUCUCCCAACGGCGGCGCCGCGCCGCUCGACCCCUCCUCCGUCGAAGCCUUCAAAGGCGAUGCCUCUGCAACCAAAUUCCUGAACACGAAGGAGGCACUAUGGAAGAAUACACACAAGCUGUCGGAAUUCAUCGGACAUGCGAAUGAUUACGAGGCUAUAUUCUUUGUUGGUGGUCACGGACCAAUGUUCGACCUAGCCAAGGACGAAACGUCCCACAAACUCAUCAACGAAUUUUGGGCCCACAACAAGAUCGUGUCCGCCGUAUGUCACGGUCCCGCCGCCUUAGCAUACGUCAAGCUCCCCUCAGGCCAAUACCUGCUCUCCGGUCAAUCUGUCACCGGUUUCUCGAACGCGGAGGAAGAUCAGGUGGGCUUGAGUGCCGCGAUGCCGUUCAUGCUUGAGGAUCAGCUUAACACGGCGUCUGGAGGCAAGUUCGUGAAGGCUGCAGAGGCCUGGGGUGCGAAGGUGGUUGUAAGUGGUGGAGGCAGAAUUAUCACUGGUCAGAACCCAAGCAGUUCUGGCCCGCUUGGACAGGCGAUUUAUGAUGGAAUCUUUGGGCAGUUGACGACGAAGGAUGAGGUGUAG